AUGGCGGCUGCGCGUGUUCGGAGGGUGGUGAAGACUGUCCAUAUCUCUUCUAUUAUUCCUGACCUAGCCAACGAUCUUACUAAACGCUGCCCACAUGUGAAAUUUAUCAAUGUUCCUGUUGGCUGCAGCGGAGAGGUUGAGAAGCUACAAGAGGCCAAAGUGAUAUUAUCAGAUCCUAACACUGCACCAAGAUACCUGCCAAGUCUACUUGAGCUUGAAUGGAUGCAGUUGACCUGGGCAGGAGUGGAAGAAGCUAUUAAAUAUGUCACACCUCAACAAAAGGGUUCUUUGACACUAACUAGGUUUGGUGGAGUCUUUGGUCCUGCCAUGGUACAGUAUGUCAUUGGUCACAUUGUGUCAUGGGAGAGGGAGUUCCGAAAGCUGUGGCGUGAUCAACAGGAAUGCAAAUGGGACAAAGAGUGGGCACUUAAUGCUAAAUAUUGUGUGAUGCCUAAACUGACAAUUGGAAUUCUUGGACUUGGAGAUAUUGGACAAAAUUUGGCUAAGACAUGCAAAGCUCUGAAUAUGACGGUCUGGGGUGUGGGACGCAGAGACAAAUCUGACAGGCAAGAGUUUGUGGACCACUACGCAACUUUGUCGAGGCUCCCUGAAGUUCUUCAGUCUUGUGAUUAUGUUUGUAAUAUAUUACCAAGUACAACUGCCACUAAAUAUCUCUUAUCCGGAAAUGUGCUUGAGAGUGGUAAAGACAAGCGUCCUGUUUUCAUUAACAUUGGUCGUGGGGAUGUCAUAGAUGAAAAAAGUCUUAUUCAUGCAUUAAAUGAAGGCUGGAUAUCUGGAGCUAUACUGGAUGUGUUUGAAGUCGAGCCACUUCCAAAGGAGAGUGCUCUGUGGAAGAUGCCUCAAGUAGUUAUCACACCUCACACAGCUGCAGUCUCCUUUCCUGAAGAGGUAGCAGAAUUGUUUGCUGAGAACCUUGCCUUGUACGAGGCAGGUGAAAAACUCAAGUUUUGUGUGGAUGUGGACCAGGGAUAUUAACUCAUAAACUGCUGUUUUCACACUAUACCAGCCAGAAAAUGGCGAUUUUCAUGAAACAUGACAGUCUGUUGCUUUUGAUCAAUGUUGAAAAUUAAUGACCACUACAAAACUUUGUGCAAUAUUAUUGAUCAAGGAAUGAGUUUCAAUCUGUGAAUAGCUUUUAGUCCAGUUUUUUGUCAAUAAACAAUCAGAUCUACCAGUCUCUUUUACGGUGCAUUGAUUCACACAACACAUGGAUUACAUUUUACUAUUAACUACUAAAUAGAUGGAUAAAUUUUACUAACUUACCAACAGAAAAUUGCUGAAGGAAAGCUCUCUCCUAAUAGAUGACACCUACAAUAGUCUAUUCAGAAUUAUAUAGAUUCAAGGACUAGUUUCUAAAAAAACACAUGUACGCGAUAAAAGGUAAAAGUUUAUUUGCCUAGAGGUGGUUUGUGGAGUCCUGUCUGGCAGAAACUUUAGACACUCUAGGUCUAACUUAGCCCAGAGAGUUUUGAUGUAAGAUGUCAAACACGAAAGACCGUGUUUGACCACAUGAUUUCCAAACACCGAGAAGAGAGUUGAAAAUGCGACAGG